AGACUAAACAGGAAGUGGACUGUAGAUCAAAGCUGUCGUUGUGCACGCGCUCCUCGCGCCCUCCACAGAAAGGCUGAGGCGGUGGUUUCACACCAGCAGGCUCAUCCUGCACUUUCUAUGAUUUAUUACCCAUGUACAGUUUGUUUUCUGCAUCACACACCGGCGCGCGCGCACACACACCCCUGCACGCGGCUCCACCCUCUCUAGAGCACGAGGCACGGGGAGGCAUGUCCCUGCGUGUUCCUGCUGGAGGGCGAGCGACGUAGAGAGAGAGAGAGAGAGAGUGAAGGAGAGUGCGGAGCCGCGAGGAAGCAGCACGAGCGCUCCCCGCGUCUACGCCUCAUCGAUACCCCCACACUAAUCGAUCGGAUGGAUCCGUGACGUGACGUAUGGUCGGAUUCGCCUCGGAGGGACGUUGUCGCGCUCGUGUUCGUCUCGCGGUGUCACGGAGGGGCAGCCAUGGGCUUCUACGGAACGCUGAAGCUCAUCUUCUACAAGAUGAAGAGGAAGCUGGAUCACGGUCCAGACGGCCGUCCGUUCCCUGCAGGAAAGAAACACUGCAAAGGCGGCGGCUACCUCAGUCCUUCGUGUCUGGCUCAAGCCACACCCACCACUUUCGGGGACCUCCGGCUGGCCAAUGGACAUUCAGCUCAGAGGCGGCGGGUCAUCUCGGGCCCGCCUCCCUCUGGCCUGCAGGACUGGCUCCAGACCUUUCAGAUGUGGAGCGGACCUGAAAGGCUGCUGGCGCUGGACGAGUUGAUCGACAGGUGUGAGACCAGCCAGGUGAAGCACGUGAUGCAGGUCAUCGAGCCCCAGUUCCAGAGGGACUUCAUCUCUCUGCUGCCCAAAGAGCUCGCCCUGUACGUCCUGACCUUCCUGGCUCCCAGAGACCUGCUGCAGGCCGCUCAGACGUGCCGGUACUGGAGGAUCCUGGCAGAGGACAACCUGCUGUGGAGGGAGAAGUGCCGCGAGGAAGGUAUCUCAGAGUUUGCGUCGUAUCGUCGCAGGGAGAGUGUGCGACCAAGCCCGGCGGUCAGUCCGUGGAAAUCCGCCUACAUCCGACAACAUCGGAUAGAAACCAACUGGAGGAAGGGGGGUACGGGGGACCCCAUGGUGCUGAAAGGCCACGACGACCACGUGAUCACGUGUCUCCAGUUCAGCGGCGACCUGAUUGUGAGCGGCUCUGAUGACAACACCCUGAAAGUCUGGUCGGCCGUCACGGGGAAGUGUCUGCGCACACUAACGGGUCACACCGGCGGGGUGUGGUGCAGCCAAAUGGCCGUCGCCACGGUGAUCAGCGGCUCCACAGACCGGACGCUGCGCGUGUGGGACGCCGAGAGCGGGGAGUGUGUGCACACACUGUACGGACACACCUCCACCGUGCGCUGCAUGCAUCUCCACGGCAACCGGGUGGUGUCGGGGUCCCGGGACACGACACUGCGUAUGUGGAAUGUGACGACAGGCCAGUGCGAGCACGUGCUGACCGGCCACGUGGCAGCAGUGCGCUGCGUUCAGUACGACGGCCGGCGUGUGGUGUCCGGUGGCUACGACUACAUGGUGAAGGUGUGGGACCCGGAAACAGAGGUGUGUCUGCACACGCUGCAGGGACACACCAACAGGGUUUACUCACUGCAGUUUGAUGGUGUGUUCGUGGUCAGCGGAUCUUUAGAUACCUCAAUAAGAGUCUGGGAUGCAGAGACAGGGGGGUGUGUCCACACGUUGACUGGUCACCAGUCCCUUACUUCUGGCAUGGAGCUACGAGACAACAUCCUGGUGUCUGGGAAUGCCGACUCAACUGUGCGAGUCUGGGACAUCCGGACUGGACUGUGUCUGCACACACUGCAGGGUCCAAACAAACACCAGUCUGCAGUGACGUGUCUGCAGUUCUGCAGAGGUCUGGUUCUUUCUAGUUCAGAUGACGGAACGGUCAAGCUGUGGGACCUCCGGACAGGAGCAUGGCUGCGGGAUGUGGUGGCACUGCAGAGCCGAGGAUCAGGUGGCGUCGUGUGGCGAAUCAAAGCGUCCGACACCCGUCUGGUGUGUGCUGCCGGCAGCCGCAACGGCACAGAGGAGACCAAGCUGCUCAUCAUGGACUUUGACCUGGACGACACGAAGACGGAGGCCGACUAAAGCGGCGCCAGAGAGAGACCGGGACGGGAUUUUAGGGUUUAUUUUUGUUGAGAACGUCGUUGGAUUUUGACCAAAGUCCUGGUUGGAGUCAGCUUAUCUCCUGAGAGCAGAAGAAGCUCCGCCUCAUGGACCAUGUUUGAAAAGUGAUGCUGGCAGACAGUUUCUAAUGAUCAACAACUGAUUUGUUUCAUUUGAAGACUUUUCAGGUUCUGAAUGUAUCCUGUUGAAGAAGAAGAACUUCAAAGCCAAACAGGUUUUAGUUUUUGCUGCUGAACCUAGGAGGUGCUGUUGAUGCUGUUUGAACCCACUAAAUCUAAAAUGAAGAAGGUUAACAGCGCCUCCUGGAGUCAACAUGAAGAUUGAAACUUCAUCUUUUGUGGACUUCUGGGGAUGAAAAGGUCGCCGCUGCUGCUCCCAUUUCAGCUGAAAUGGAUGUAAAGUUCAAGUUUUGAACGUUUCAGUGGGGGCGGGACUUAAAGAUUGUUACCGCCCAUCAAAUCCAGGUCAUAUCAUUGAUCAAGUUUGAAGCCAAAGUAAUGCUUUCAUUCAUCCAUCAGUGUGAAGAUAAUGUGGAGAUUCUUCUUGAAAUAUUCAGAAAAGCAACUAUUUUUGUUUCGUAAUGUCUGAAAGUGACAUUUAAAUGUUUUUGUUUAAUUAAUUGACCAAUACUUUCACCAAAAGACAUUUAUUUUGAAUGGGGAGAUGUUUAUUAUUUCAAAUUAAAGCUGAUCAGCUUCCAUCCAUCAGAGGGAACGAAAUCCCUUCCUCAAUCAUUUCUGCUGCUGAAGUUUCGCCUCCGUUCCCACCGUCUAUGAAGUGAAUAGAAAAAGGUAAAUAAUUUAAAACAAUUGCUCUUUGGAGAUAAGCCGAUAAGCUGUUGUUGCCAGGCAACAGCUGGAGCCAGUAAAGCAGCGUUCGGGCAGCAUCUCCCACAGCAACGCGCGGUAUUUCAGGCUGCGGGUUUGACCUUUCAGCCUCUCCGGCGACGUGUAGAUUCUUGUAAAUAACAGGAAGGAUGUACAUAAUUCAAGGUUUUAUAAGAGAAACAGAAAACUAUUGUCCUGUGGAAUAAAGAGAAGAGCUGAAUGGAUGAAUAAAACUGAAUAAAUGAAGAUGAGUUUUGUAAA